CUAAUGGGGUGAGAAGACAGGACAUAUCAAGGGAACUGGCGCCAUCAUUCCUUCAAAAAUUAAUUUAUAAAAUAUACUACCCUAAGGGUCUUGCAGUUGGAAAUUGGCACUUGUGGCUGCGAGGAGUCACUCACCAUGUCAUCUUUUAAAAACCAGCCACCGUAUAUGAGACUAGUCAUGCAAUACGGCAUCUCUGCUUGACAACCCAACGCCUGCGCUCUUUCCCUGUUUAUAUUCGUGCUCAUAGUCGGGAAGAUUCAUGAUCGAUUGAUUGGUGUUUCAUUUUUUCCUUGGGAACAUUUUCUUUUUGUUUCAUCCCUCUUUCACAGAAAUUUUCUCAGCAUCCCUGCUGUCUUUGUCAGGGAUACCUAAAUCUAACAACGGUUGCUGUCUUCACCAACCUCCGACGUAUUUAUAUGUAUCCAAUAAUAGCCUACAUCCAGAGAAACAGUUCAAACCAGAAUCAUAAUGUGAAUAUAUUUUAAUAUCUUACGAGCGUUGGGAACGUGUAGCACCACUGAUCAUUUACUUGUUUAGUUAUUUAUUGUCUAAUCUGCAGGACGAUAUCCAACCGCAGUCAUUGAAAAUGCACGCAUCGAUCGCUUAAAAAUAAACUACAUAUUAAAUGGGCUGUGCGUUUAUCAUUUCGUGGCAAGAAAAUAAUGUAUUUCUGAUAAGGUUUUGGAUUACGGGCUUGAUUUGCACCACUCUUCUGCCUUUAUGCGCUGCCAAUUCCGCAGGGAUUUAACUGCUCCCAACACCUUGUAGUAAAACUUUAAUGAAAUAAUCUGCGCCUCAGAUCCCUCCGCCUACUUGAUAUUUUACAAUGGAAGCCUGAGCACCCCUCUCCCCGGCUUCAAAGCGGAUCUUCCUACGCAGCUUUUGGAGGCAGGCAGAAUAGACCGAACUGAAAGGGGAAGAAGAAAUAAUUUUCUACAACGUGUGGCUUGAGGCUCGCAGCUCCCAAAAGGCGCUUUUCUUUUCUGUCCUGGAGUGAUUUCGUUUUAAAGGAGAAUAAGCUUGCUGGACCUGGCUGGAUUCUUUCCCCCAAUACCUCCCCUAAUGUAAGACAGGCAAAGUAUCCUACAAGCAUAAACAAAAACGAUGGGAGCCUUUGGAGUAAUAAUACACAUUUUGCAUUACAUAGGACUCUACGUUCAACUCAGUUUCUCUUCUAGACAAGGUGGGCAUGUUGAAGUAGAGAACCGCAUCUCUGGAAAUGCACUCUUCACAGAAGUUCCCCAUGACAUCAUCACACAGAGCGGGCAGGAUGUUGAGAUGGCCUGCUCCUUCCGGGGGGCUGGCUCUCCUUCAUACUCCCUGGAGAUCCAGUGGUGGUACAUCAGGCACCACAAAGACUGGACGGACAAGCAGGCCUGGAUGACCAAUCAGGUGGUGCCCGAAGAUGAGAUGGUUACAGAUGCCACAAAAAUAAGCGUGGUGAAGGUGGCCGGAAGCAACAUUUCCCACAAGCUCCGGCUGUCCAGCGUGAAGCCGGCGGAUGAGGGCACGUAUGAAUGCCGGGUCAUCGACUUCAGCGACAGCAAGGCCCGGCACCACCGGGUCCGUGCCUACCUGCAGGUGGAACCGGAGAAGACCCCCCCGGACGUUACGCAGCUGGAGGAAGGCCACCCUUCAGAGCUCAGGCAGCAAUCGCCGUCACAUGACCACCAGAAAGAGGACAGGAAGCUGAAGAAGCUUUCGGAUGGUGCCCCCACUGACUGCACUGACAGCUGCGUCCUUUAGGGUCACGGCUGUGUGUUUAGUGUACACCAGGACGAAGGAAUGCAUGUUCUUAAUCUUUAUGAGAAGGUUUCCCAUCCAUAGAUGCCGUUAGUUCUGCUUUGGUAUAGCUCUGAUUUUUUUUUACAGAUUUUUCCUUUUCAUUUUGUAGUCGCUGUGGCAAAGGCUGACUUUCUGCUUUUUUUGGGGGGGGGGGUUUGUCUUUAUUGCUUUGUUUUUUAAGGCCUGAUGGGAAAUAUGUAUUUCAUUGUUGAAGCUCUCAUUCGAUGUAUGUAAUGUGAUUUUUUUUCAAUUUUACUUUUUCUUGGUCCUCAGCUAAGAUGAAUGGCAUAAAAUGCUGCUGCCAUUCAGUGUUUUAAUCAUUCUUUUUAUCAUUUGCACACUUUGCCUUGAUGUUUUGUAAGAAAUCAAUGUAUACUCUUGUACAUUUUUAAACAACUUCUAAAAAAUGUUGGUCACACCAUAAAUGUAUGCCUUCAGUACAUUAAAUUAAUCGUAAAUAAAACAAAAGCGGUGAUUUA